UAAGCAGCUUAGCACCUGCCCCUUCCCCCCCCCCCCCCCCCCCCCCUUGUUUACCCAUACCCACACAAUCACACCACAUUAUGUGUACUCUGUAGAACAUAUUCAAAUCUCAGAUUUCAAAUUAUUCAUUCAAAAAUCAAGAAAAUUCAUUACAAUACCUUCAAAACCCCAACAAAAAUCAACCCAGAAAGACAAAAAAUGAGGGCAAGUAAUCACCUAAUAGGGGUUGUAAAUUUCCUAACCUUUCUCUUAUCGGUACCAAUUUUAGCCGGAGGAAUAUGGUUAAGCAGUAAAGCCAACUCAACAGAUUGUAUGAAGUUUCUUCAAUGGCCAUUAAUUGUUAUUGGAGUUGCUUUAAUGGUGGUUUCUCUUGCUGGGUUUGCUGGGUCUUGUUACAGAAAUACUUUCCUUAUGUAUCUUUAUAUGUGGGCUAUGUUCUUUAUCAUCGCCGCUUUAAUUGGGUUUGUUAUAUUUGCUUAUGCUGUUACUGAUAAAGGGUCGGGUCGACCCGUGUUGAACCGGGCUUAUUUGGAGUAUUAUUUGGAGGAUUAUUCGGGUUGGCUUGAAAGAAGAGUUUCUGAUAAUAGUUAUUGGUAUAAGAUUGCUUCAUGUAUUAGAGAUUCUAGGGUUUGUGGGAAGAUGAAAAGGACUGUUAAUGGUAUCCCUGAAACAACUGAUAUGUUCUACUCCAGAAAACUUAGUCCUAUUGAGUCCGGGUGUUGCAAGCCACCAACCGAUUGUGGUUAUACCUUUAUGAAUGAGACAUUAUGGAGCCCAGGCGGUGGGCUCGUAGGUCCCAGUCCAGACUGUGCAAGAUGGAACAACGAUCAGCAAAUUUUGUGCUAUGCUUGCGACUCCUGCAGGGCUGGUGUGCUGGCAAGCCUUAAGCACAGCUGGAGAAAGGUAUCGAUUAUCAAUAUCAUCGUGCUCAUUCUCCUUGUCAUCUUCUACGUAAUUGCGUAUGCUGCUCUCCGGAACAACAAGAGGAUGGAUAAUGACGAGCCGUAUGGCGAGACUAGAAUGACUAAGGCACACCCUAGUGCUUUGCAUUUCUGAAGCUAUUUAUGAUUGUUUACAACUUUUGGGUGAAAAGUGUAGUUUCUUGCGUCAUUUUGUUUGUUAUCAAAGGUUUGGGGUUGUUUUGCCGUACAGGAUACACUGAAGUUGUGCCUUCUCUUGAAUAUUUGUAGCUAAGGAUCUACGAACUAUGGGAAUUUUAUGAACAAUGAAAUAGCUUGAAUUUGUAUAAAUUGUAUGAACUUUUAUCUCCUUUUUUGUUUAAAAAAAAAUAUUUUUUUGUUUUUGA